AGAUGGUUCGGAAGGCGUGACCCACAAAUGGAUUGGUGAAGACCUGUGACACAGUGUUGUGAAAAAGACAUAGGUGAAAAUGAAUCCCCUUGCCCUUUUGGUCGCUUUUAUGCUGAUGGGGGAUGUUAGGGCGAUUGUUGAACUGAACUGUAGUGAUAAUGCUACGUGUAUCGAUAAUAUGGCGAAAGAGAUUUUGAGGAGUUUGAAGCAGCAGAAAUCUGUGAAGGUGUUCAAUGUGCUUACGAUAGAGCCGUUGAGGAUGAGGCAGGCGAGGUCAGAAGACUGGUGGCUGACGAAUUUCUUCGACAGCCACGCCUUCAGUUUCGACUUGAGUGAUUAUACCUUCAAACUCGCGCAAACGGAUGGAGGCGACGCCUUGGAUUUGGAGAUCUAUCAGGGAAGAACUGCUAAAGAUGUUUCGGAUCCAAACGCGAAAAAAUCAAGCAGCAAAAACGAAGAUGAAAAAGAAGAUGAUAAGAAAGCCAAUAGAUUGGGUCUACGCCGAAGACAGAAGAAGAAAGUGAUACAGAUGAUAAUCCCUAUGCUAUUCGGGAUGAAGUCAGCGGGGAUGGCAAUGUUUGCCAUGGCACUAGUCACUGCAUUGACACUAAAGGCAUUCUUUGCCAGCAAAUUGGCACUGUUGGUUACCGUGGGCAUGGCUGUCAAGAAAUUGUAUGAAACUUAUGGAAGUGGCGUCGGUUUACAAAACCACCCGUAUCUUUACUCGCAAUAUCCGAUCGAUUUUCCGAGCGCCUCGUCGCACGCAUACUCCGUAAGCGGAGUGAGCCCACAAUUCGCGUCACCGGAGAUGUAUGGCCCCACCGCGAUGGGUGCGCAUGCCCAGACCAAUGAGAUAAUACACCAGAGCGACGCGACCGCUCAGCAGUCGCAACAGGCGCCCACGUUACUCGUAAACUCAACGAGAGCGGCAGAGAGAUGGGAUGGCUACCGGAGACGUCCAAUGUUUUAUGGGCAGUCGCGCGCUACUUCAGAAUCCUUUUCGGCUUACCGGCACCGCCGCUGAACCCCGCUCAGACCAUGGCUAUGCCUAUGUACGUUAUGCCACAGAUGUACGCACCUCCUAUCACCAUGCCGCCGUCCCAAUAGACAAAAUUGGACACCUUGGAUCAAGUGGCGAUAGUUUAAAACCCAACAUUGCCAAGCUAGAUGCCAGCCUGUUGCGUGGCUUGAUCCUUUUUGAGUGUAACACGUGACAGUCUGGCAUUUAGCUCAAGUUUGAAAGCAUUGUUUUAAUCUCCAGGACCUACAAAUUUUCUUUUUGCUUCGUUUUUUUGGUUUUUGUCUCGUCCGGAUUUUAAAACAUUGCGAGUCCCACCCUUAAGACUGAAUGCUAAACUUUGAAAUGCGCGAGCCCGUCGACUUUAUUUUUAAUUUGUUAAUGUAAUUUAUUUUUUAAUUUAAGUUGUUAAGACUUAUUUAUUCAGCACUUAGUUAAAUAAAAUAAUGUUAACAAAGUCA